UCCACUAGAGAGCAGUGAACAGACUCAGCGCGCGAUACUCGAAGAACAGAAGAAGAGCGCGUGAAGCCCGCGGUUGUUUCGCGUCUGUCUUGGGUUAUUGAAGUGUGUGCUGAUGGAUUCUGGGAAGGAGAGAGUGGUCGCGUUGGUGGACAUGGAUUGCUUCUAUGUGCAAGUGGAGCAGAGGAUCAACCCCGAGCUCAAAAACAAGCCGUGCGUGGUGGCGCAGUACAAGACAUGGAAAGGUGGAGGCAUCAUAGCAGUGAGUUACGAGGCCAGAGCUCAUGGGGUCAGCAGGAACAUGUGGGCAGAUGAUGCCAGGAAGCUCUGUCCUGAUCUACAGGUGGCCCGAGUCAGAGAGGCUCAUGGGAAGGCUGAUCUCACGUUUUACAGGGAGGCCAGUGUGGAGGUGAUCGAGGUGAUGUCGCGCUUCGCGGUCAUAGAGCGGGCCAGCAUCGAUGAGGCAUACAUGGACCUCACGGCCAGCGUGCAGGACAGACUGAAGCACAUGAGCGUCCAGGACAUCACGCCGCAGCAGCUGAGGAGCACCUACGUUCAGGGCUUUCCACAAACCAACGGCAGCGGACCGAGCGAGGAUGCAGCGACAGAUAAAGAGGAGCAGCGGCUCCGAGGCCUGCAGCAGUGGCUGGAGCAUCUGUCCUGCGGCGGUCAGUCCUCGCUUGCGGAGCUGCAUCUGACCGUCGGCGCUCUGAUCGUGGAGGAGAUGAGGGCCGCCGUGGAGGAACACACCGGCUUCAGAUGCUCCGCCGGCGUCUCGCACAACAAGGUGUUAGCCAAACUAGCAUGUGGCUUAAACAAGCCUAAUCGCCAAACAGUUUUGCCUCUGGGGUCCGUUCCAGAGCUCUUCAGCACCCUUCCCAUCAGGAAAAUUCGUAAUCUGGGCGGGAAGCUGGGGACGUCCAUCACGGAGACUCUGCGAGUGGAAAACAUCGGAGAUCUGACUCAGUUCAGCAAGAUCCAGCUGGAGCAGCACUUCGGAGAGAAGACCGGGUCGUGGCUGUACGACUUGUGCCGAGGGGUCGAGUUUGAGUCUGUGAAGCCUCGACAGCUGCCCAAAUCCAUCGGCUGCAGCAAGAACUUCCCAGGAAAAACCUGUCUGGCGACAAAACAGCAGGUGCAGCACUGGCUUCAUCAGCUGGCCCUCGAGUUACAGGAACGACUGAACAAAGACCGAGACAUGAACGGACGGGUGGCCAGACAGCUGACGGUGGGCGUCAGGCAGGCUGGAGAUCAGAGUUUUUCUCGCUGCUGUGCUCUUGCUCGCUAUGACGCUGUGAAGAUGACUUCGGACAGCCUGGCCAUCAUCAAGAGCCUCAACACCGCAGGAAGCCACCAGGAGGCGUGGUCUCCUGCUUUGACUUGUCUUCAUCUGUCAGCCAGUAAGUUCAGCGAUGUUCCCUCAUCCUCAUCCGGAGGAAUAGCAAGCUUCCUGUCCAGUAACGCACCUUCAUCACAAUCACGUCUAGCCUCUACACAAACCCCCAAAACACAGCCGAGCCCCAAGCGCCCGGGGGCCAUCCAGUCUCUGUUUGAGAAGGCCGCCGAGAAGAAGAAACAGCAUGAUGAACACGCCCCUGGCAUCUCCUCCUUCUUCCAAAGAAAGGGUCUGGAGAAGGCGCUGCAGCUGGAAGACUGUGUCUCUGAAGGCAGCAGGACUGAGGCUGGACCAGAGUCGCUCAGCGGAGUCGCUCCGUCAGACGGGGAGGAUCUUCACGCGUGCCAGCGCUGUGGACUGAAGGUGCUGGUCUGGGAAAUGCCCGAGCACAUGGACUAUCACUUCGCUCUGGACCUGCAGAAGUCGUUCUCGGCGUCCAGCGGCGGGCCGGUGCAGUCGUCCCGCGGGAAGAUCCAGGCGAAGACUCCGAGCGGCCCGCAGGCCAAGAGAGCGCGAGUGCAGGGAAACAGCGGCACGCUGGACUCCUUCUUCAAGAAGACUUGACCGCGGUCCCAGCCAGCUUUUUAUACCUUCAGGUUUUAAUGAGAAAUAUUUGUGCCUUUUGUGUUUUAUUUCAAUAAUAAAUAAGUGGUUCGAUGGAA